AUGGGUUCCCAUUAUUUUGCACAAGCCCUAGCUAUGGUGCUAGUUGCUUCAAUGCUGGCAGUUGGCUUAGCCAACAAGGAUUGGCAACAUGGCAACUACACGGGUUGGGGAUUCAACCAUGACCCAUAUCACCUCAACGAGACCAAAGGACCUAACAAAAUCACAGUUGGUGGCUCAGAAAACUGGCAUUACGGAUUUGACUACAAACAAUGGGCUUGGAAGAAUGGCCCAUUUUACAUCAAUGACACUCUAGUUUUCAAGUAUGAUCCUCCAAACGACACCACACGUCCUCAUAGCGUGUACUUGUUCCAAAACCCUUGGAGCUUCAUGAAGUGUGAUUUAAGCCAAGCCAAGAUGGUGGGAAAACCGACACAAGGAGGUGGAAAAGGCUUUGAGUUUGUGCUCAAGAGUUGGCAGCCUUACUACUUCGCUUGCGGCGAGCACGAUGGCCUCCAUUGUAAGGACGGACUGAUGAGGUUCGCCGUCUUCCCAAUGUUUCGUGGCUGGCAUUACUGA